GAAAAGCCAAAGGGAGGAAAGGCUUGGCAGCGGCGAGGAAGCAGAGAAACCAGGCGAGGGAGGGAGGCUGGCCUUGGGAACCCUUUUGAACCCGGUCUUUCCUCUCCUGGGCGAUGAGGAAGGCUUCAGAAGAAGCCGGGGAGUGGGAGGACGGUUCUUUCCCUUCAUUUCUUUAAAGCCCCGCAACAAUCUUGAGGUUCCUGAUAAGAAGAGGUGUGGAAUAAAACAUAAAUAUGGCGAAGGUGAUCAAAUUGUUUCAUACUCUCAGAAAUCAUUGGAAGAAAACUACAGUCGGGGCUUGCCUGCUCACAUGGGGAGGAAACUGGCUGUAUGGAAAACAUUGUGAUAACUUGCUAAGGAGAGCUGCAUGCCAAGAAGCACAGGUGUUUGGCAACCAGAUUAUACCUUCUAGCAUGCAGAUAAAGAAAGCAACUGUUUUUCUCAACCCUGCAGCUUGUAAAGGAAAAGGCAGGAGUCUUUUUGAAAAGAAUGCAGCCCCAAUUCUUCACUUGUCUGGUAUGGAUGUGACUGUGGUGAAGACAGAUUAUGAAGGGCAAGCAAAGAAGUUGCUUGAACUGAUGGAAAACACAGACAUGAUCAUUAUUGCAGGAGGAGAUGGAACUGUACAAGAGGUCAUAACUGGGCUUCUCCGAAGGGCAGAUGAGGCAGUUUUCAGUAAGAUUCCUAUUGGAUUUAUUCCCCUUGGAAAAACCAGCACCUUAAGUCACACUCUUUAUCCUGAGUGUGUAAACCAAGUCCAAUGUAUCACGGAUGCUACCUUGUCUAUAUUGAGAGGAGAGACUAUUCCUGUUGAUGUAUUGCAGAUCAAGGGAAACAAAGACCAGCCUGUAUUUGCAGUAACUGGUUUACGAUGGGGAUCUUACAGAGAUGCGGGAGCAAAAGUCAGCAAGUACUGGUAUCUUGGACCUCUGAAAAUCCAAGCAGCUCAUUUCUUUAAUACAUUAAAGGAGUGGCCUCAGAAACAUCUCGCCUCCCUUUCUUACUUGGGUCCAACUCCAAGACCCCCCGAGGAGCCUGAGAAGAAGACUUCUAGACCUCCUUUAUAUGCCAGGAUUUACAAGAGGCUGUCACAUUACUGGGCACCUGCCCCCACAGAAACCGCCAAAGAGGUGACACCAGAGCUCUGGCAAGAAAUGCAGCUGUCAGCCAUUGAAUUCUCUGUCACUACUCAGAACAGACAUCUUGACUUGAAACAUACAGAGGACUUCAUGAAUAUUUGCAUUGAACCAGAUACAGUCAGCAAGGGAGACUACAUAAAAAGAGGAAGUCAAAAGAUGGAGGAGCCCCACAUGUGUCCAGAAGGAAGCCAGUUUCUUCAGGCUAGUCGAUGCAUCUUGCAACUUCCAGAGGAUUCAGAAGGCUCAUUAUCUAUAGACAGUGAAGAGUAUGAAGCAAUGCCAUUGGAGGUGAAGUUGUUACCCAGGAAGCUCAAAUUCUUCUGUGACGCCAGCAAAAAAGAUCAAAUGCUUCACAGUACAUCGUAACACAAGAUGUCAGCAGUUCCAUUUUAAAAACAGUGCUCUGAAAUGUCCAUUUGCCAAGAGUUAAGAUGAACUGCAGCCAUGACCAGUGCCAAAGGAAAUAGAUGUAAAAUAUUUCUGAGAAAGCUCCAUUUGGUUGCCUUGUUAACGGAACUGUUCAGUGAAUGGACCCUGAAAAUUCUUUGCUCUUUCUCGACAAUACUGAAAUCCUUUGUGUUGCUGGAUUGCUGCCUUUCAAAUUCUCAGAGAAAAAUAGGCGCUAGUCAUAGACAUUGAUCAUUUUACGAAGGAAUUUUUCCUUCUUUCACUACAUCUGUGACAGUUGUAUGUAUUUCAAAAGAGUGAACAAUGGCACAAUACUCUCAUUUGCAAUAUGGAUUUGUAAAAUGUAGGCAUAUCAAAAGCUAAGCACUGAAAAGUCAUAGACAUAAUGUUUCAGACAUGAAUUAUGUCUUGCCUAAUCUGUGUCAGAUGCCUCUUUGGUAUUUCUCAAUUAAAACAUGUUGUUUCUA